AUGUAUACUCCAGUUCUCUUCGCCCUGAUCUCGUUGGUCUUUGCUGCCCCGUUGACCAGAGUCGACGGCGAAGAUGGCAUCGCUGGCAGAUGGAUUGUCAAGAUGAAGGGCGACGUAGCAACGCAAGCUCACGACGACCUGAUGGCAUCCAUGUCUACCAAACCCGAUCACGAAUACGCAAUGCCUGGAUUCCGAGGAUUUGCCGGCAGCAUCUCCGAGGAAGAACUUGUUCGACUUCAGGCUUCUGAGCAUGUUGAGUACAUCGAACAAAACGCCAAGGUCCAUAGCAACGAGAUCGUGCAACAGUUGAACUCUACGUGGGGGUUGGCUCGUAUCUCUCAUGCCGAGCCGUAUCAAACAAGUUAUCUUUUCGAUUCCAGCGCUGGGGAAGCUGACUUCAGCGGUGAGGACACCAUGAUCGACGCCAUGGGCCACGGAACUCACGUGGCUGGUACAAUCGGCUCGAUGACUUGGGGCGUGGCAAAGAAGACAACGCUGCUCGCUAUCCGUGUACUGGACUCGUACGGUUCUGGUACAACCGAGGGCGUACUUGCGGGCAUGGAGUAUGUUAUUACCGAUGCAGCAAAACGUAGUGAGGCUGGAGAAUGUCCCAACGGUUUCGUGGCCAACAUGAGUCUUGGAGGGCGCAAGACGCAGGCCUUGAAUGAUGCUGCCGCUGCCAUCGUUGCAGCGGGAAUCUUCCUUGGUGUCGCAGCGGGCAAUGAGGGACGCGACGCUAAAUACUCGUCUCCGGCAUCUGAACCUAGUGUCUGCACCGUGGGUGCUACGGCCAUUAACGAUACGCUCAUUGAAUGGUCCAACUAUGGCCCUAUAGUUGACAUUUUGGCACCCGGCGUUGAGAUCACCAGUACUUGGAUCGGCAGAACGAUCGAUACGAUUUCUGGAACUAGCAUGGCCACCCCUCAUAUCGUUGGCUUGGCCGCGUACUUCAUGGGUCAAGGAUGGCCAGUGGAAGGGCUGUGCGAAAGUAUGGCUAGCGUCGCGACCAAGGGCAAGAUCGAUGAAAGCACUCUCCAUGAAACCACACCGAAUCUUCUAGCCUUCAACAUGGCCGAAGCAUCUCAGCAGUACGGCAGACGCACAAAGCGGGUCGCGUAG